CAUCACGACGUCCACUCUGAUUGGUCAAGGGUUUUUGCAUUACCAGCAACUCUCACUUUGAUUAGUCAAGGAUUUUCGCAUUACGAGCAGCUGUCUAGAAAAGAACACAUUCAUUCGAUCAGCAAUCCUGCGCAGCUGCGACAAAAUAAAAACAGGACCUAGACAAGUUGCGUUGCAUUGGUUUUCUCGAGCUCAAGCUCAAGCUCAAGCUCAAGCUAGAGUGGAAUGUUUUAGUCCUUCGUUUGAUAUUUUCAUCGGAUAUCUUGAUCUAUUGGUGCUGAUUGUGUUAACAAUGAUGAAUGCUAUGAGGAAAUGUUAUGGAAUUCCAUGCCUGGCCCUGAAUACCAUGCGACUUUCCACCUCUCAACUUAUCAGACCAGAACUCAGAGGAAGAGACUUUGUCAAUGGAGACUUUACCCCCUCCGAGCUGAAGUCUGUUUUAUGGACUGCUGUUGAUUUGAGGGACAGGUCAACACAAAAGAAUGAGAAUUUCUCCUACAUGAGAGGCAAAUCUGUAACCAUUCUUCAGGAGUCAGGAAUGCCAGAUACACUGAGCAAUGUUGCAUUGGUAACAGCAGCACAUAGACUCGGUGGAAAUGUUGCAAGAAUGGCAUUUGACUCAAAUAAAACAGAUGUCUCAGAUUUGGCAAACUGUCUCUCGGAGGUAUCGUCGGUGAUCGCCGUCAGCUGCCGUCACCAGGCAGCGCUGCAGGCGGCCGCAGAUGGCGCUGCUGUGCCCGUGGUCAGCCUCGGCAGUGAGCAGCACGACCCGCUGACGGCUCUGGGGGAGCUGCUGGCAGUGCUGGAGCACUACAGCUACCUGAAGCGCCUGACUCUGGCCUGGGUGGGCCCAUGCUGCGCCCGGCUGAGGUCCUUCCUUCAGCUGCUGCCUCCUCUGGGAAUACACCUCCGCUACUGCUGCCCUCAGGAAGAGGACCUGUCCCCAGAGGAGCUGGGUGACCUGGUGGGGCGCACAGUGCAGCACCACACCCAGUUCAGUCGACACGAGUCGGCCGCUGAGGCCACGUACCGAGCGCACGUGCUUGCCACCACGUGCCACCAGUACGACCAACUACAGAUUACUGAGAAGCACGCGGCCGAGGCGGACCUGGACUGGACGUUCGUACAGGACCUACCUGUCAGCCGGUCAGCGGUGGCGGCGGCGGUGCACGGAGACCGGCAGCGCUCGCUGGUAGCUGCCUCCGCCGGCUGCCGCCACUGGCUAGCCACAGCCCUGCUCACAGAACUAUGUGCAGAACAUGAGAGGCGCACGGAUAGGCCGGACUUUGAGGGGGAGCGGCGUGGUGUGGGGAUAGGGAGCGGCUGAGAAUGGGCCGAUUGGAGUUGAGGACUAGCGUGGUUAGGGAUAGGGAGGAGGAUGGACUGAGACACUCUGAUAGGAUAUUAGUGCGCCCGAGCGAGUGACGUGGCUAUUGCCGCUUCGUGUGAUGUGCUGGGAAGCUAUCACAAGACACCAGUAAUUAUUGACAACACUUUACCGCUGCUAAACUGAUGUGGCGACUGUGGAGGACGUUCUGUCGAUGUUUUGUGGAUUGGGUUUUGUCGUGGGACGGCGGUGACGUGGCUGAACGUAAUCAUGCUUAUGAUCCUCAUGAAUGUACAAUGACUUGCGUUGCGGUGUUAACUGUAAUAACGACAGUAUAUUUGCGUCUCAGACGCAGUACAAACUACAAAAUACCGACUUUCAGAACCAGUGUCUUUGCCUAAUAAAUAACCAGUGAAAAUCA